UUGGCCACCGACUCGGCUGACGGUCCCGCAGAUGACUCACAACCGCUGACGUCGACACCGAUUCCCGAGCGUAAGUCCCCGGAUGGCGACGAAGAGUUGAUGUCCACAUCGGAGGUGCAGAUUGUGAUCAAACAGGAGGCGCCAGACGUGUACUCUAAGGAUAGUAACAAUAAUAACAGCGAUGGCACCACCAAAGGCAGCGUCAAUGAAGAGGUGUUGGACAGCGAGUCCAAAGCGGACGAAGAUGACGAUGUGAUGGACGUGUCGAGUGUGUCACCAAAAGAUGAGUCCAAACUAGACUUAUGGCGCGUUAAACAAGAGAACCCACAGUUUGCCUUCAAGGGGUCUCCAGCACAACACCACUCAUGUCCGUACUGUCAGAGAGGGUUCACAUAUUUGGCUAAUUAUAGGAAACACAUCAAAAGCAUUUGUCCGAUUCGGCAACAGAUCGAUGAGAAGAAGAAACAAGUGAUUGAGGACUCGGCCCAACAGCUUAACGCCGACGGCUCCACCACCGGGUCCGCCAACAAACUUAUUAAGACAGAACUGCCCCCAACUCUCGUCUACACCCCAUCCUCGCUAUCAGUGAGGAGUCAAAUCGAGGACACAGUACUGACUCUAUUGAGGGAUCAGACAAAACAGGACCAGAUCUUGCAGUCGUCCGAAGAUCUCGUAAAAUUCAAGUCGACCCCCAAAGGGACCGAUGACUCGUCUGUUGGGCAACAGUCGGCCCAAAGCGGUGACACCGAAGGGAAUGCUAAUGAGAGCGUCAAAGACGACUCGAAUGCCGACUCAAAAGGAGACGAAUCGUCGAAUCAGACCAAAGAUAAUGUAAAUAAUAACGAAUUGACACAAUCGUCUACGAAGACACCGUCGAAGGGCUCCUCCUUUCGGUUUCGAACAUUUCCGUGCAAUAUAUGUCACAAAAUCUUCUUAUCAUACGUCGCGAUGCUUAAGCACCGGCUCUCACAUAAGCUGUCGGGCGGAUCAGCCGCGGCCGCUGCCGACGACAACGCAAUCUCUGACACCAAUGAGUUGUCGGCCGAUAGGAUGUUGUCGGACAACGAGUUGGUUGAGUCGAAUCGGGACAAAGAGGCGGCCAAUCAGGCGUUGGCCGCGAGUAUACUCAAGCGAUCCAAAGAUGUGAUAUUCAGCAAAAUGCGGGUCAACUCGAGCGCCAGUACCACCGGUAAGACUACCGGCUCUUCCCCUAAAUCAACGGCCAUUAAACCGAUAAUAAACACAACGGAUCUGUUGGAGAAGUUGGCGCGCGGGGGCAUCACUACCGACGCCAUACAGGAGUUGUCCGCCACCACGGCUAAGAUCACCACUAAGUCAUCGAAUAGAAGUACAAAACACAAAGAAGUGAUCACUAUUGAGACCAAUAACAACGACUCGCAGGCGUUUAAUCUGCAAUUAAGUGCCUCUACUUCUGGUGGUAAUAGUCAUCGCGUGAAUAGUAGUCAUAGUAAUAGCGGUAUAGAAGAGAUCAUAAUCGAGGCCAACAACUUGAAUGAUCUGGAUAUCAAUGUAUUGAAAGACGGUGUUAUUGUGGCUCAAGAUCUGCAAGAGUUGAUUGCAGUGAACGACGGUGUGGUCGCUGCCGACGAGGACUGCGCCGACGGCAUCACUAAAUGCCCGGAAAAAUAA